AUGCCAGCAAUAAUUCUUCUUUGUCGUGGAUUAUUCGGAAAAAAUGUUUGGACAUUAAAUUUUCGUUAUAAUCCUAUAUCAGAUCUAUCAAUAAAACGAAAUAAAUCUAGUGAAAGAAAUUUAAAUGAAAACGAUAAAAUAACUUCAUCAACAUCAACCAUUAAUUCAGUCAAUGAUCAUAAAGAAAAACUUAUUCUACCACAUAGUGCACGAAGUGAACGAACAAAAAGCGAUUCAUCUCGACAUAGCAGUUUUUAUCAUCCACCUGAAUUAAGUAUUCCAACAUUAAAUUCUGUUGUUAAACGUGAUGAAGAAAAAUUAAAUAUAUUUCGAACAUUAAAAACUAAACAAAUUAAAAUUGAAGAACAUGCUGUACAACGUACUCAUUCAACUGAUGAAAAACACAUGCCAGAAUGCAAACCACGAGAACGUCAAAAACAUUUCGAAAGUAUUCGUCUAUUUUUAUCACAUUAUGGUUUUUGUUCAUUAGAUUCAAUGCAUCAUCUUAUUAAUGGAAAACAAUGGAAUCAAUCGGAAAUAAUUGAUCGUCUUCAACCAAGUAUUCAAAUACUUGAUUCAAAUAUAUCAACAUUUAUGGAUGAUAUUAAAAAAUUAGAUAAAAUUUCGCCAACACUUUAUUGUACUGGACAAAUAUUUUAUUUAAAACGAAAUCAAUAUACAAUUAAUGAAUCAUUUUUAAAUAUGAAAACACCCGAACAAUUGAAUUCAUCUUUUUUAACAAUGAUUUCACAAUUUGGUUCAGUUGUUGAAAUAAAACGUCAUUGUGGUUGGACAGGAAAUGUUGAAACAAGUUGGAAAACAGUUUCAGUUGCUCAAUCAAAUAAAUGUCCAACAUCAAAAACAUUGGCUGAAAUUGAUGGAGAUGAUAGUAUUUUAUAUUGGGUUGAUUUAACAACUGAAAUGGCUUUUUAUUUACCUCAUCAUUUUUCUACUGAUAAUCAAAGUUCCGAAAUGCGAAUAUUAAUUGUCUGGCUUGAAGAAUUUCCUGAGGAUCUUGAUUCAAUUCUUCCGGUUCAAGACCAACAAUCAAAAAGUCGAGACAUUUCAAUAAUUGGUAUUCAUCCAUUAAAAAAUCGUUUAUUUCGUAUUUUACUUAAUUCCAAUGCUCAACGAAUGCAAUCUGCCUGUGCUAGUAUUCCACUAAUUGAUGGUAUGGUUAUACCAUUACAUAUAUUAUCAUUUUUUCUUCGACAAGCUGUAAAUAAUUUAAGUCGUCGAAAACGAUUAGAAGAUAGUCAAAAUUCUCAAACUGCUUAUUCAAUUCGAAAAAAACUUAUAACAAAAAUUAUAGAUAAAUAUCAAAAUCGAACAAAUAAUAAUCUUGAUGAAUUUUUUCAAAAUAUAUUCUUUUCUUCAACAACAUUUAAAUCACAACCGAUUGUUACUCAAUCAAAAACACGUUCAAAUUCCAUGAUAGUUGUGCAAUCGUAG